GUUUACACGUCUUGAAGAUGCUAACCUUGUUUGUAAAAUGUCUAUGACUUGUGUUAAGUAUUUUUUUUUUUUUUCAAAAAUGUUUCAUUGAGUUUGACCGUUAAAUUAUCAUUUGACGAAAUGCCGUCUACGAGUUGUAUGACUUUCUCAAUGACAGAUAAGGCAAGAUAAGAAAUGAGUAAAGGGUUUGUCAACCGUACUAAGUGAAUAUUAAAUGUUCUAUAAUAUCGGGAAAAGAAAAUACUGAAAUAUGAAGUUUAAAAUAUUGUGUAGUUUUUUCUAUGUUGCGACUAGUUUGUGUUCAGGACAAAAUGGGCAUUACUGCGUAACCGAAGGAGAUGCUGGACUUGUAGUAUCAGAUAAGGAGAUGGGGAAAGAUGGCAAUAUCGGUUCAAUCACUCAGUAUUUGGAUAAUGUGGCAUCAAUAAAUCUCGAUAUUACACAAUGGCAGCAUUCAUCUUGGAAUAAUAGUGCUGUACUACAAGAACCAAUUCUGGAUGAAAGAUGGGAAACCUUCUUGCAGGCGAAAGCUGAUACAAAAUUCGAAGAGAUAUUGAACAACAGUACAAUCAAAUCUGUCUUUCUUAGCGUUAGAAUUUACAAAAAUCUUACUGAACAUAGCUCACAAUUUAACAAGGCGCAGUGGUAUCACCUUAAAUUUAACGAAAAUGUUCUGUAUAUUUGCGAAACUGAUCCGAACAUCACGUGUAACGACACUUUGGACACCAAAAACAUUUCCAGCUACGAGUUUUACGUUAAUACCACAAUUAAUCAAAGCAUAUGGAUACUACACGAAUAUCAGUACUUCUACACUCAUGAGAUUAACUCCUCACUAAAUGUUACAGAAAACUCAACAAGUUGUUCUUAUGUAAAAUACGGCUGGAUUAAACUUCAUGUAGCUAUGUGUAGUGACUGUAAAAUGUCUCUGGAAUUACAGUCAAACGAUGAUACUAACAAAACCGAGACUUUUGACAUAAACGGGAACGGACACUGGAAGACAUCAACACAUUAUGUCCUAAACUUUACAACUUGCUUCAAAUUGAUGGCGACAACAAUAUUUGAAGGUACAGACGAAAAUGAACCGUUUUGGGCAAUUGGCGAUAAGUUGUACUUUUCAAAGAAUGAGAAUUGCGCAAACACUACAAGAUACAUUAAAAUUACCAUUGUUAACAACGAUACAUCAAUUUGUGAAGAUAGCAGGAACAACCCAUACAACAUAACUCAAAAACUACCCACAACGCAGUGUUACGAACCUCCACCUACAACUACUACACCAUUGACUCAAACUAUGUCAGUAAAUAGUACUAGGUCAUCAAAAGAGAAAGAGUCUAAAAAGAUUGAAACCUCUUCUUUAAGUUUGUUAUAUUUAUUAAUUAUUAUUCCAGUACUACUCAUUGUCAUUGGAGUGGCUCUCUUCUUCUACAUUCGAAAUAAAAAAGCCACCGCCAAAAACAAACUAAUAAACAUGAGUGAUGAAGAGCUAGAAUUAUUACGUAAUGAUGGAUACGAACUUCCCACGUUAAAGCGGACUGAAGACUACUUACCCAUAAAAACGGGCGAAUUUGAUAACUACAUUCAUGACGUUUUUGUGGCAAGAAAAAAUUAUAACUACCUCGAAAAACAAUUUUCUAACUUACCCUCAGGCUACUUAAAGGACGCCAACGAAGGCCAAAAAAAUGAAAACUCGGACAAAAAUCGAUACAAUAAAAUUUACCCAUAUGAUGAAAACCGCGUCAAACUCGCAAAAAGCUUAGGCGACGCUAACCAUUUUUCGGACUACAUCAACGCCAGUUACGUUGAGGGUGUUAAUGGGCCGAAAGACUACAUAUUAACGCAGAACCCUUUAAAAAACACCGCUGUGGAUUUUUUCCGGAUGAUUUGGCAAGAACAAGUGGAGUAUGUUGUGAUGGUCAGCACCCCCAAUGAAAGCUACCACCGGUACUGGCCGGAUUUUAAAAAAAUGCAGACUCACAACAACGAAAUCGAAGUGUUUGUAGACGAAAUGAAAACGUACGAAUUUUUUGACUGUCGUACUUUAAUUAUUCAGCGAUUUGGAGAAAAAAGGAAAGUGCAACAUUUGCACUUUUAUUCGUGGUCGCCGAAGAUGGUUUCUUCGCACAUUUUUCUGGAGUUUGUUGAUCAAAUGUUGAACAUACCCCAUGUGGGUCAUCCAGUGGUGUUCCACUGUUUAGCUGGAAUUGGAAGAUCGGCUACUUUGGUUUUAUGUGAUAUUGCGUUAAGAUCGGGUAUAACAGGGUAUUAUAACUUCUUUGAUACCACGAAAAAGUUGCGUGAGUGUCGAGCUGGUGUCAUACCAAAUCCGAGUCACUACAAAUUGGCACAUUUAAUUGUUUUCGAAUCAUCACACUAUAAAGACACCUCGAAUGAGAUAAACAGUGAUUUUGAGGCUAGCUUUAGUAGGUUGCUUGAAGGCAACAGUAUUAAAAAAAAAUGGUCAACGUAUUUAGAAAACACGGACUGGUUAUACGAAGCUAUAAAUCCGUACCAAUUUUGUACAGAAUAUCCACCUAGAAAUCGCUAUAUCGACAAUAAUCUACUACCAACACAACAUAGUCGAGUGGCUCUUCAGUAUAAAAAACCGGAUUACAUCCACGCAAUGUUUGUUAGUGGUUACAGCCAACGGAAAGACUUCAUAGUAGCCCAACAACCACUAUCAAGAACUGUGUCAGAUUUCUGGAUUAUGAUAUUACAAAACCACGUAACAACGGUUAUUAAUCUCAACGAGCCAGACGUUACACUUCGAGGAAACGUACAGUUUAUUCCAACUCCUAAACACGAUGUUGUUAAAAUCCAGGGCAAUAUCACAAUUCAGUUCACUAAACUAGAAGAACACCUCAACUACGAAAAGCUCACUCUGGCAGUUCACGCCUCGGGAAAAUUUGAAAAAAACGUCGAAGUCCUCAACAUAAAAAACUGGCCCAAAAUUAAAGGAAUUCCGGAAUCGACGGACGUAAUGAUGAGCAUUUGGGAGAACGUGAGGGGGCAGAAAACCCAGAAUUUUCCUACGUUGGUGUGCUGCGAUGACGGGAUAAGUUCGAGCAGUCUGGUGGUUUGCUUUUUCUACAUGGCUGAUAAAAUGCUCCAGGAAAGAAAGUGCGAUGUGGUGGGUGCUGUUAAGGCCGUGCGUCGUAGCCACACGAAGUUUAUCAAUUUCGAGCAGUUCGUGUUUCUGCAUCACUGUGCGUUGGCUUUUUAUAAAAACUGCUACAAAACAUACGGCGAAAGUCUGUAGUGCAUUGGCGAAUUGUAGAAAAUUGUGGUGUUAAAAAAAUUUGGUGCUCGAGUGGACCAUGUACCAACUGUAUGUUCGAACUAUUAUGUAUUUUUAUAAUUUUCACACUUUUGUUAUUUAUUUGUAUGUAAAUCAAAGAAUUAUAGUUUUUACUGUU